AGGCACCUCGCGGAGAGAAAGCAGGGGGUCCGUACUUCAGAUCUGGCGAAAGGAGAAGCGGGCACCCCUCUCGCUUCCCUCCCACCUCUGCAAUUCCCAUCCCGACGCCGAGCGCGGAGACUAUCGGCCUCUGCCCCUUUAAGGGCCGCCACUCCUUCCCCCCAGCGUUGGCACUAAGGGGGUGGAGGAGGCUGAGCGGUCUGCCUGGUCAAUGAGGGAAGAUGGCCCCGGCCCGGGGCAUCGCUCCCACGCCCCGCCGUCCCCUCCCCCGAGCCGGGUGAGCUGGGAGCCCCCUUCCUUUUCCUUGGUGCCCCACGCGCGACGCAGGAAUGGCUCCGUGGCCUCUCGGGAACAGCUCUCUAGCCUCGUGGCCAGACGCCUCCACCCUGGCGCCCGACACCGCCAACACGAGCGGGCUGCCGGGGGUGCCGUGGGCGGCCGCACUGGCGGGGGCGCUGUUGGCGCUGGCGGUGCUGGCCACCGUGGGAGGCAACCUGCUGGUCAUCGUGGCCAUCGCCCGGACGCCGAGACUCCAGACCAUAACCAACGUGUUUGUGACUUCUCUGGCCACAGCCGACCUGGUGGUGGGGCUCUUGGUAGUGCCGCUGGGGGCCACCUUGGCGCUGAGUGGCCACUGGCCUCUGGGCGCCACUGGUUGCGAGCUGUGGACCUCGGUGGACGUGCUCUGCGUGACGGCCAGCAUCGAAACCCUGUGCGCCCUGGCCGUGGACCGCUACGUGGCGGUGACCACGCCGCUGCGCUAUGGCACACUGGUCACCAAGCGCCGCGCCCGGACGGCCGUGGUCCUGGUGUGGGUCGUGUCCGCUGCGGUGUCGUUUGCGCCCAUCAUGAGCAAAUGGUGGCGCGUGGGGGCCGACGCCGAAGCGCAGCGGUGCCUCUCCAACCCACGCUGCUGUGUCUUCGCCUCCAAUCUGACCUACGCGCUGCUCUCCUCCACCAUCUCCUUCUACCUUCCUCUUUUGGUGAUGCUCUUCGUCUACGCGCGCGUUUUCGUGGUGGCUACGCGCCAGCUGCGCCUGCUGCGCCGCGAGCUGGGCCGCUUCCCGCCCGAGGAGCCUCCGCCGGCUGCGUCCUGCCCUCGGUUCCCCGCCGGGGUCGGGCCGUGCGCUUCGCCCGCGGGGCUGCCCUGCUACGGUCGGAGGCCGGCGCGCCUUCUGCCACACCGGGAGCACCGGGCGCUGCGCACCCUGGGACUCAUCGUGGGCACCUUCACUCUCUGCUGGCUGCCCUUCUUUGUGACCAACGUGGUGCGCGCCCUCGGGGGCCCCUCCCUGGUUCCAGGCCCGGCUUUCCUUGCCCUUAACUGGUUAGGCUAUGCCAACUCCGCCUUCAACCCGCUCAUCUACUGCCGCAGUCCUGACUUUCGCAGCGCCUUCCGCCGUCUGCUGCGUCGCGGCCGGACGGAGGAGCACCGCGCCGCCGCCUCCCUCCCGGGCGCCUGGCCGGGCCCCCCUGCGGCCUUGACCAGCCCGGCGCAGGCCAGGCAGUGCCCGCCGCUCGAGGGUUCUUGGCGCCAUACUUCUCGCCACCACCGGGCUGACUUUGACUUGUACAGAAGACUAGAGGCUCUCCCAAGCCCUCCGCCUCCCUGCUGGUCUCUGAAAGGUUUGAUCUUGCCUGUGAAGGUGAGCCCCCACUCAGGUAUGAAGGACGCACGGAGUGAGGAGCCGGGCUUCCUGGAGACUUUCUUAGGCCUUGAAGGACAAGAAACAAGAACUAUGUUGAUCCAGAACCUUUGGAAACCUCUGGUCUGUGUUUAGAACGAGCCCUGUGGAGUUUCCCAGCUGGACUCUGCCCUUCAGAACCUGAGGACUGGGCCAUGGGUUGGAGAGGGGGAAUCCGUACCAAAUGGGGUUUCACCAUCCUCUCUGUACCUUUCUGAGAGUUUUCUAGACCACUACCUCAACAGCGGAAGUGUCUGGCUGCCUGUGUUCAGCUGCCCUUGGAGCAGCAGGGGUGGCUUUGCUUUGUGGGGUCACUGAUCACCUUGUCACUUGUGUGCUGUGUGCUUAGAACAAAGAGAGCCUCCACUUGGCCUAUUCCCCCUGCCACCCAGACCUGGUGAGCCAUUCAGUGUCCUCUAGGCUUGAUGACUCAGGCUGAGAGCGGAAAGCUAGGAAAGGUCAAGUUUUGGGUUCUUGACCCUUGCACCUUCCCUCGGGUUCUCUAAGCACCAGCCUCCUUCACUUUGGAGACCGGGCAGCUCUGAUCUACCUCACAGCAGUGUCACAGGGGCUUCUUCAGGGUUCUGUGGGCCUCCGGGGCUCAUAGGAGGGUGAGCCAUUAGAACAGAUCUUUACUUUUCCAUUUAAAAUCAAAUUAAUAAAUAUGGCAACAGAGUUCAUCUGUUGUUCUCUUUUCUCUCCA